AUGCAGCAGCAAUACCCCCCCAAUCCGGCUCCGGAAUACCAGCAAUAUCCUCCUCCCACAAAUGGCGCCUACACUGCUGUCGAUCCGCAGGGACCACAUCAGGGUUUCGAAUACGGCAACGACCAGAAAGUGCCCUUUGACCAGGCAUUCAAGAUCGAGCGGCCCAAGUACAACGAUGUAUGGGCAGGCAUCUUGUUCCUGGUCUUUAUGGCCGGGUUCACUGUCGUCUCUGGCAUCGCCCUCCGCGGCUACGGUCGUUCUGCUGACCAUGACUUCUUCCUCGCAGCGACCACUCGAAGCUCCAACGGUACUAGCAUCUACGACUCCGACGUCCUCACGAUCAAUACAAACACUAUCAUUCUCUUUCUCUUCUGCCUCGCCGUCGCGGUCGUCUUCAGCAUUGGCUACGUCUUUUUGAUCCGCAUCGCGCCCAAGCAGAUCAUCUGGAUCACCGGCAUCCUCAAUAUUGUCUGGGGCCUGGUCGCCGCCAUCUACAUGGUCAUCAAGAAACAAUAUGUCGGCGGCAUCAUCUUCCUCGUCUUUGUCGUCUUCAUGAUGUUCGCCUUCUGGAGCUGGCGGAGGCGCAUCCCCUUCAGCGCUCUGAUGUUACGCACCUCCAUCCACGUCGCCAACCACCACGGCCACGUCUACAUGGUCAGCCUCGUCGGUGGUCUGAUUGGCGCUCUCUACUCCAUCUGGUUCGCCAUCACCUUCGUCGCCAUCUACGUCAAGUGGUCCCCCAGCGACAACAACCCGUCCUGCACCUCCAGCUCCUGCAGCUACGCCACCGUCACCGGCCUCGUCGUCUUCAUCACCUUUACCUCCUUCUGGUUCAGUGAGUGGAUCAAGAACACUAUCCACACGACCAUUGCGGGCAUAUACGGCAGUUGGUACUACAACUCGCGCCAAUACCCAACCGGUGUCACCAGGGGCGCCCUGCGUCGAUCCCUGACCUACAGCUUCGGUUCCAUCAGCCUGGGCAGCCUCAUUGUCGCCAUCGUCAACUUCCUCAAGUUGCUGGCCCAGUCGGCUAGGAACGAUGCGGCCCAACAGGGAGACAUUGUUGCCUUUGUCUUGUCCUGCUUCCUGACCUGCAUUCUCGGCUGUCUGCAGUGGGUGAUCGAGUUCGUCAACAGAUAUGCCUUCUCGCACAUUGCCCUCUAUGGUCGGCCAUACUUCCAAUCGGCCAAGGAUACUUGGAGGAUGAUCAAGGACCGUGGCAUUGACGCCCUCAUCAACGAGUGCCUCAUCGGGCCCGUCUUCUCUUUCGGCUCCUUGUUCAUCGGCUUCGCCACUGCUUUGCUUUCCUUCCUCUAUCUCGAGUUCACCAAGCCCGCGUACAACUCCAACGGUGACUUCACUGUCGUCAUCUGCGCCUUUGCCUUCCUGAUCGGCCUCCAGAUCUGCAACAUCUUCACCACCCCGCUGAGCAGCGGCAUCGAUACCAUCUUUGUCGCUAUGGCGUGGGACCCAGAAGUCAUGAUCAGGGACCACCCAGACCUGUACCACCAGAUGGUGCAGGUGUACCCCCAUGUCCAGGAGGCUAUCCAUGCGUAGAUGUCUACGAGCUCAAGGUGGGCCUCUUGUGCCUCCGAAGAUUGAGAACAUGCCUGGUCUUGGUCUUUUCUGGUCGCCGAGUGUUCCGGCCCAUUGAAGCUAGAUUCUUGCCAUGGUUUCUUUCGUCUCUUGCUUCCUUGUACCGACCUUGUUUUUCUCUGCCGUUUUUCCUUUUUCUUUUGUUUUGUCAGCAUACAGAUACCCCGGGUUCCAUUGGAAACAACAGCAGGCAAGGCAAGGGUACAAUAACAAACCACAAGAUGAGCUAGUAUUAGGUUUAAUGUUCUCAAUAAAAAGAUAAUUCUGAUC